GGGCGGGAUUUCCUGCGGGAGGCGCCGAGCCGGUCUUGGAAAAGGAGGAGAAGGAGGAGAAAGGGGGUAAGGGGGUCAGUUGGAGCCACCGUCCAGAGUGCCAGGGACCGAGCAGGGCCAGCCAGACCCCCGGCGGGGCAGCUGGGAGAGGCCUGGCCCCGCCUUCAGCAGAGGCACUGCACCGUUUUCCAGGCCCCUGAGACGUGUCCACUGCUGCUUCCCGAGGCCGGAGGGAAUGCUGACUGCGCUCUGGGUGGGCAUUGGUGCUCCUGAGCCACGCCGGGAAGAUUGGCGUGCCCAGCCCAGCCCAUCCCUGGGCCGUCCGACGCGGCAAGCAGAUAUCUGUCCGGGUUUCCACGCGGCCUCCACCCCCUCAGAGAUCGGUGUGCCUGCUUGUGGUGGCUGCUCAUGAAACACUUUGAGGGAGUACCCGUCAGUGCCUAACAAGAAGCACACUGCUUGGGACACCAGCCACGCUCCCCCAGGACGCCUGGCCCUCCAAAGGGCCAAGGCAUGGCACCCUGACGCCUUGGCUUAGACCUAAAGUUUUCCUGCCUCUGCCCUGGACUCCUGAUCCCAGAGCCCAGCCCAGGGACCGGAAUGGGUCGUGAACAGGACCUGAUCCUUGCCGUCAAGAAUGGAGAUGUGACUGGUGUGCAGAAACUGGUGGCUAAGGUCAAGGCCGCAAAGACAAAGCUCCUCGGCUCCACAAAGAGACUCAAUGUCAACUACCAGGAUGCUGAUGGAUUCUCUGCUCUUCAUCACGCCGCCUUGGGGGGCAGCCUGGAGCUCAUAGCCUUGCUGCUGGAGGCCCAGGCCACUGUUGACAUCAAGGACAGCAAUGGCAUGCGCCCACUGCACUACGCAGCCUGGCAGGGCCGGCUGGAGCCCGUGCGGUUGCUGCUGCGUGCUUCUGCGGCCGUCAACGCCGCCUCGCUGGAUGGACAGAUCCCGCUGCAUCUGGCCGCCCAGUACGGACACUAUGAAGUGUCAGAAAUGCUCCUCCAGCACCAGUCCAAUCCCUGCCUAGUCAACAAGGCGAAGAAGACGCCCCUGGAUCUGGCCUGCGAGUUUGGGCGGCUCAAGGUGGCCCAGCUGCUGCUGAACAGUCACUUAUGUGUGGCGCUGCUGGAGGGCGAGGCCAAGGACCCCUGCGACCCCAACUACACCACGCCCCUGCACUUGGCUGCCAAGAACGGCCACAGAGAGGUCAUCAGGCAGCUCCUUAGAGCUGGGAUCGAGAUCAACCGCCAGACCAAGACCGGCACGGCGCUCCACGAGGCUGCGCUGUAUGGCAAGACGGAGGUGGUGCGGCUGCUUCUGGAGGGCGGGGUGGACGUGAACAUCCGGAAUACAUAUAACCAGACAGCGCUGGACAUCGUGAAUCAGUUCACCACCUCCCAGGCCAGCCGAGAAAUCAAGCAGCUCCUGCGGGAGGCCUCGGGGAUCCUGAAGGUCCGAGCACUCAAGGAUUUCUGGAACCUCCACGAUCCCACUGCUCUCAACGUCCGGGCAGGGGAUGUCAUCACGGUGCUGGAGCAGCAUCCCGACGGCCGCUGGAAGGGCCACAUCCACGAGAGCCAGAGGGGCACGGACCGUGUGGGCUACUUCCCCCCAGGCAUCGUGGAGGUGGUCAGCAAGCGGGUGGGCGUCCUUGCGCCCCGCCUCCCAUCGGCCCCCACGCUCCUGCGUCCAGGCUUCUCCCGGACACCACAGCCCCCUGCUGAGGACCCCCUACACCCUUUGACCUGUGGCCAGCUCCCUCGGGAGGGCCUCAGCCCAGACAGCCCAGCAGGUGACAGGAAUAGUGUGGGCAGCGAGGGCAGCGUGGGCAGCAUCCGCAGUGCCGGCAGCGGGCAGAGUUCCGAGGGCACCAAUGGCCAUGGCACUGGCCUUCUUAUCGAGAAUGCCCAGCCGCUGCCGUCCCCCGGAGAGGACCAGGCGCUGCCAGGACUGCACCCCCCACCCCUGGCAGACAACCUGAGCCACCGCCCUCUGGUCAACUAUCGCUCCGGGGAACAGCUCUUUAUGCAGGACGUGAGGCCGGAGCAGCUGCUGGAGGGGAAGGAUGCUCAGGCCAUUCACAACUGGCUGAGUGAGUUCCAGCUGGAAGGCUACACCGCCCACUUUCUGCAGGCCGGCUACGACGUGCCAACCAUCAGCCGUAUGACUCCCGAGGACCUGACGGCCAUCGGCGUGACCAAGCCUGGGCACAGGAAGAAGAUUGCCUCAGAGAUUGCUCAGCUCAGCAUCGCCGAGUGGCUGCCCAACUACAUCCCGGCGGACCUGCGCGAGUGGCUGUGUGCGCUGGGGCUGCCGCAGUACCACAAGCAGCUGGUGAGCAGCGGCUAUGACUCCAUGGGGCUGGUGGCCGACCUCACCUGGGAGGAGCUGCAGGAGAUCGGGGUCAACAAACUCGGUCAUCAGAAGAAGCUUAUGCUGGGAGUGAAGCGGCUGGCCGAGCUCCGGCGGGGCCUACUGCAGGGGGAGGCCCCAGUGGAAGGCGGCCGCCGGCUAGCCAGAGGCCCGGAGCUGAUGGCUAUCGAGGGGCUGGAGAAUGGGGACGGUCCGGCUGCCGCUGGCCCACGCCUCCUCACCUUUCAGGGAAGCGAGCUAAGCCCAGAGCUACAGGCAGCCAUGGUGGGGGGCGGCCCUGAGCCCCUCCCCCUGCCCCCUGCCCGCUCCCCCAGCCAGGAGAGCAUUGGAGCACGCUCACGAGGGUCGGGUCAUUCACAGGAACAGCCUGCCCCCCAGCCCAGUGGAGGAGACCCCAGCACCCCACAGGAGAGGAACCUUCCAGAGGGCACAGAGCGACCCCCUAAGCUUUGUUCCCCACUUCCUGGCCAAGGGCCCCCCCCUUAUGUGUUUAUGUAUCCCCAGGGCUCACCCUCCAGCCCAGCCCCAGGGCCACCUCCUGGCGCACCUCGUGCCUUCUCCUACUUGGCUGGUCCCCCUGCCACUCCUCCGGACCCGCCUCGGCCCAAGCGCCGGUCCCACAGCCUGAGCCGCCCCGGCCCUGCUGAGGGGGAAGCAGAGGGGGAGGCUGAAGGGCCGGUGGGCAGUGCCUUGGGCAGCUAUGCCACCCUCACCCGGCGGCCGGGACGCAGUGCCCUAGCGCGGACCAGCCCUAGCCCGACCCCAGCUCGAGGGGCUCCCCGCAGCCAGUCCUUUGCCCUUCGUGCCCGACGCAAAGGCCCGCCACCCCCACCUCCUAAACGCCUCAGCUCCGUCUCUGGCCCCACCACGGAGCCGCCUCCUGUAGAUGGAAGCCCGGGGCCUAAGGAGGGGGCCUCUGUGCCCCGAAGGCGAACACUGAGUGAACCAACUGGCCCCUCGGAGCCCCCCGGCCCGCCUGCCCCGGCUGGCCCCGCAUCGGACACAGAGGAGGAGGAACCAGGGCCGGAGGGGACGCCCCCAUCUCGGGGCAGCUCAGGGGAGGGGCUCCCAUUUGCGGAGGAGGGGAACCUGACCAUCAAACAGCGGCCGAAGCCAGUGGGCCCCCCACCCCGGGAGGCGCCUGUGCCCGCUGGCCUGGAUUUCAACCUCACCGAGUCAGACACUGUUAAGCGGAGGCCCAAAUGCCGGGAGAGAGAGCCGCUGCAGACGGCACUUCUGGCCUUCGGAGUGGCCAGUGCCGCGCCCAGCCCCUCCGCCCCCCUGCCCUCGCAGACCCUCAGCGAGCCCUCCUCAGCUGCUCCCAGCCCUCCCCAGCCUGACCCUAGCAGCCUUCCAACUCAGGGAGCUCUGGCCCCUCUUUCUCCCAGCCCCCCAGCCCAGCCCCCUGCGCCCCCCGCGCCCCCCGGCCCUGGGCCUGCUCUGGAAAACAGUGCAGGCAGUCGGCGGCCUGGGGAGACGGAGCCCCCUGCUUCCCCUGCUGCCCUCAUCAAGGUGCCGGGUGCAGGAACGGCCCCCAAGCCUGUGUCUGUGGCCUGCACCCAGCUGGCAUUUUCUGGCCCUAAGCUGGCUCCCCGGCUCGGCCCCCGCCCCGUGCCUCCUCCGAGGCCAGAGAGCACUGGGGCCGUGGGCUCUGGCCGGGCCCAGCAGAGGCUGGAACAGACCAGCUCAUCCCUGGCAGCUGCGUUAAGGGCCGCAGAGAAGAGCAUUGGCACUGAGGAGCGAGAGGGCCCUCCCGGCACCUCCACCAAGCACAUUCUGGAUGACAUCAGCACCAUGUUUGACGCCCUGGCUGACCAGCUAGAUGCCAUGCUAGACUGAGCCUCUGGUGGCCUUCAGCAGCGCCCAUCAUGACCUGCAGUGUCUGCGGCCUUUGCCCCCGCGCAGAAGCGUGCCUGCCCAGGCGGGGGCCGUCCUGCCACUCCAGGCCAGCGGCUGUCGGCGCUGCAGCGCUGGGGGGCCGUCUCCACGGGAGGCUGAGGGGACUUGUCAGAAGCUGACAUCUCAGCAGAGCCCCCUCCCGGUGUGUAACCUGACCAGUCAGCCCUGCCCCGUGGACAGGGACCCUGGCAAGAGCUUCCUCCCUGGAGAGAAAGAGGUGGCUUCUGGGGUGCUCCCUCUGCCCUCCCCCACCUCCAGGGGCUCCAGUCCCCGUGCCAAGGACCUCUUGACACCUGCCCUGCUGUCCGGGCACACGCGGAGGCUGGAGAAGGCUGUGUGUCUGACCGGGUCCACACAGGUGUACACAGGACAUAUAACUAAGCGGCCAGGGGCUUGCUCUCGGUGGCGGUGGGCCCCUGCUCGCCCCUGCCCGCCCCUGCUCCUGCCCGCAGUGAGGCAAAACUGGCAGGGGUAGGGCCAGUGGGAGCAACAGAUCCCCAAAGUCCAAACUUUUUCAACUGUAAAUGUUAUUUUUUAAGGAGAGAGAAAUGCAUAUAUUUUAAAUGGAAUUUAUUCUAUCUAUAACCGCCUGAGAGGACACGGGGGAAGAGGCUUUGGACCACGGCACGAGUGCGCAUGAUUCGCCUCGGGGCUGGAAGGCUGAUCUGGGUGGCCCGGGCCCUGGCUCUGUAACCAUUAACCUCUUAUCCUAACUAACCCCAAUGAAAGUGUCAUUCCACGUGA